UCUGGUAUAUUCUCUCGAGAACAUUGCCAUCAAAAAGCUGACUUUCAAGGUAUGGAUUAAUAAGAAUGGGAGUGACUAGGCUUCACCACUAUAGGAUGUACACCGUGAUUCAAACGAUGGUGCUUUCGCUUGUUCUGCUCAUUUCCCGAAGAGCCGUUGCAAUUGGUCAGUGYAGGCACGCAUCAUCAUCAAUGCUYUCGUAUCGUUUCUUCGAURACAUCCAAGUCGUCCCCGAUAGAAGGACUGCUGACCUGAAAGAUUGUUUCAACCUGUGCAGAAAGAUGUCUGAAUGUAGAAGUAUAAAUUACAAAAUUGAUGCAGGUAUCUGUGAGUUGAACAUUAAAAAUCAUAUCACUGACCCCCAGAAGCUCGAAGAAAUGAGUGGAUACGUGUACUUAGCUGUAUUUGACGUAAUUAAAGAGCCUACAGUUCCUUCAAGCUUAAAUGAAGAACAAGCACCAACGAAGGCACCAGAACCCAAGUACAAUACAUGUGCGAAGUUAAAACAGAUGAAACCAUCUUCUCCUAGUGGAGUGUACGAGCUGCAAGUGAACGGUUCACCUAAGCAUGUGUACUGUGACAUGACUAACUUUGGGGGAGGAUGGGCACUUGUUACAUCAAUCAGUGCAUCAAACAACCAGCAUACAUUGCGCACUCAAAAUAACUGCUUCAACUCCUCUCUGUGUGUACCACUGACCACUGGAACYCUCGUCGCAAGGAAAAAUUCAGAUAUCGAGAUUCGCGCACUGGCCUCCUAUGAGGGGACGUUCCGUUUUGACGUCACGAAUACAGGAAGCACGCUGUACACAACCUUCUAUCGACUUACACAAGGCGCACAAGGUUUUGACGCAGGAUGCUCAGGUYCUGGGUAAGAACUAUAAAUUAUACGAUAGCAACAGUAUUAUUAGUUAUCUAUGCAUAUUAAUGCUUCAUUACUUUACCAAGAUGUCCAAGGAUGAUUGUAUCUUAUGCUUAUCCUUAUAAUUGGGAAUCGAACUGUAAGGGAAUACAAACGGGAUAUCAAAUUCAAGUUUCGUCAUCUCCCAGUAAUUGUUACAAAGUGUUUGACGGACACGAUAAUGGAGAAUGCGGCGGAACAGUUUGGUUUUCUUCAGGUUACACUACGAAAAGAGUGUUGUACAGUUUCUGCACAACGACUGGAUUUUACAGUGGUCUACAGGGAAACAUGUAUGUUCGCUGAAGCCAUCUYAAAACCACGACAUACCAGAUAAUGCGCAUGCGUCUGGAGCGACUUCAGGUGGUAAAAAAGAGGCCGGGCAACCCCUAACAAUGUAGCCUUUAUUUUGGGAAUCAAUCUCAUACGUCUCACAGUGAUCAGUGUUAAGGUGAUGAUUAGUAAGGUUAUAGUGGAGGAACAUUCUGGAUUCAUCUCUGCGGGUCUCAAGAAUUGCCAUUCCUCCCCUCUCUGUAAAAACUCUCUUUAACUUGACUUUUGUAUUUUUUCGUUUUGGAAAGGAUUUCAUUACUGGAGAACCUUCAAACAGUCUAAAAAAAGGUUGUAAAAAAUUGUAAAAAAAAAAAAUAAAACUAAAAAAAAUUGUAGCUGUUGUUUUGUAUUUGUUUGAGUUUUUAUUUGAUAGCUAUAUGCAUGGCAUAAAACGAAAAAAAAAAAAAACGAAAAAAAGAAAUACUUGCAGGUAUUGAAGAGCAGCUGACGCUUAUCAAACAUCAAUAUGUCAUCUUUGCUGUAUCACUCGCUUUGAGUGAAUAGCACUAACUAUUAGCGAUAGUAAUUGUACCUUUUACCUAAAAUAAUGUUUCUUUAUGAUUCAAAUACAUUUCUGGAUUAAAUUGUCUUGUUACUAAAUCAUUAAUCACGGCUACGUUCGAUUUUUGCAACGAUUUAGCAAUCAGAAACGCGCUUGAAAAAUACAUUGUCAUCACUUUAAAGUAGUUGAAAUGUUUGAAGCCUCUUUCAUAGGUACAAUAAACGUCGUAUAUUACACUUGAUUUCGCGAAGCAAAAAAGUGUGUCAAACAUUUUAGAAUUUAAUUCAUCCUCAUAAUGAACCAUACAUA